CUAUAAGCUCAGAAUGCCUGUUCACAAUGUAAAAGGUAGAGACUGAAAGAAAAACAGCAGGAUGGAGCCCUCAACAGUGGUACCUCGGUCCCACAGAAAGGGGCUGUUUGCUGGCAUGAAGCUGAAGAAGAAGAAAAAAGGCGAGAAAGGGCUGACUAUUGCAAACAAAGACGCAUUGGGUGGUCAUGAUGAGAUUGCAAAUUUUCUCCACGACACUCUUGGAAGACAGGAAGAGGUAGAGGAAGACCUAAUGAACAGUGAUGCUCUAUCCAGUGCUUUUGGAUCCUUAAGCACAAAUAGGAAAAGGGCAAAGCUGGUGACCAGAAUUCAUGAAGAGGAGAUGAAAUCCCAGAACUACCAGAUUGCCAUCACCAUCAUCGAGGCCAGGCAGCUGGUGGGUGAGAACAUCGACCCUGUGGUGAUCAUCGAGAUAGGUGAUGAGAAGAAGCAAACAACAGUAAAGGAAGGCACAAAUGCCCCUUUCUACAAUGAAUACUUCGUGUUCGAUUUCGUUGGACCACAGGUGCUGCUGUUUGACAAAAUAAUCAACAUCUCUGUUAUGCACAAUAAACUGAUUGGGAGUGUGCUGAUAGGCUCCUUUAAAGUGGAUCUGGGGACGGUGUACAUUCAGCCAGGUCAUCAGUUUUGUGACAAGUGGGCACUUCUCACAGACCCUGCUGACAUUAGGACAGGAGCCAAAGGGUACCUGAAGUGUGACCUCACUGUGAUGGGGAAAGGUGAUGCAAUACAAGCUACACAGAAAACAGCUGAUGCUGAGGAACAGAUUGAAAAGAAUCUCUUGAUCCCCAAAGGCUUUCCGUCUGAAAGACCAUGGGCCAGAUUUUAUGUGAGAAUUUACAAAGCAGAAGGACUUCCAAAGAUGAACUCUAGCAUCAUGGCCAAUGUCACCAAAGCAUUCGUAGGCGACAGUAAGGACCUUGUGGAUCCCUAUGUGGUGGUCAUGUUUGCAGGUCAAAUGGGCCGGACAACAGUGCAAAAGAACUGUGCAGAUCCUGUGUGGCAUGAGCAGAUUAUCUUCAAAGAAAUGUUCCCUCCGCUCUGUCGAAGAGUCAAAAUCCAGGUCUGGGAUGAAGGCAGCAUGAACGAUGUGGCCUUAGCCACCCACUUCAUUGAUUUGAAGAAAAUAUCAAAUGAACAAGAUGGUGACAAAGGGUUUUUGCCUACCUUUGGGCCUGCCUGGAUCAAUCUCUAUGGCUCACCCAGGAACCACAGCCUCAUUGAUGACCACCAGGAGCUUAAUGAAGGUUUUGGAGAAGGGGUCUCCUUCAGAGGACGUCUCUUCCUUGAGAUUGCUGUGGAGAUACUUUCAGGAGGAGCUCGUGAGUCGAAGUUUUCAAGCAUUAUCAAGGAUAUAAAAUUGUCAUCUAAAGAUAAAGCACUCAAAGGAAAAGACAAAACUGACAAAGCAGGAGAGGACCGAAAGUCAGCUUCUCCUUCAGACAAGAUGAACUCAACUGAAGUGGAAGUUGAGCCAUUUGAUGUACCUUUAGAGAUCUAUGAAGAAAAAAUUGAAGAAUUCCUUCUCUUUGGGACAUUUUUUGAAACCACAAUGAUUGAUAGGAAGUUUGGGGACAGGCCAAUAACCUUUGAAGUUUCUGUUGGUAACUUUGGAAGUAGUACUGAUGGAGUGUCAGCAGGAGCUGGAGGGAAAAAGAAGACCCAUAAUGGAGAAGCAGAAGAAAGCCUUCUGCAUGAGGGUGAAGAUGACAUUUCUCAGGACCUUGGAAUACCCCUGGUAUCUACCACACCCCCUGAGAAACCCCUGAUCACAGGGGGGAACAGGAACUACCAGUACCUGCCAUAUGAUGAGAGGAAGCCAUGUAUCUGCAUAAAGAGCUACUGGGGCAACCAGACAUUUCGGCUGUACUCUUCCAACACUCUUGAGAAAAUGGCAGAUCACCUGGAAGAAUCAUUAGAGCAAGUAAAGGACUUGAUCAAGGUUUCAGAGACUGCAGCUGAGGAGAAAAUGAAGAAGACCCUAAAUGGUUUUAUCAAUCAAAGCAGGGCAUUCAUGGUCAUUGCUGAAAAGAAGCCCAAAGGGUUGAACUGCACUGCUUUGGACAAAAAGAGGCUCAUGCUGUUCAAGCAAGAGCUGGAAGCAAUGUCCAGUGAUGCUAAGGGAAUCAUUCAGCAGCAGAAAAAGAAGAUGUCAGUGGAUGAAAUGAUUCGUGAGACUCAGAGCUUUAUAGAUAAAAUCCGAUUCUUGGUUGAUGAGCCACAGAAUACAGUGCCUGACGUGUUCAUCUGGAUGAUCAGCAACAACAAAAGAGUUGCAUAUGCAAGAGUCCCAGCAAAAACCAUACUCUACUCCCCAGCAAAAGAGCAGAGAGGCAAGGACUGUGGGAAGAUUAAAACUCAUUUCCUGAAACUCCCAGGCAAGCGCCCUCUGGGCUGGACUGUGCAAGCAAAGGUGGACAUCUACCUAUGGCUUGGACCUAGCAGCUAUGCCCACAGUGCCAUGGAGAAUUUGCCUGUAGGAUAUGAGAUUGAACUACCAUCUAACACCAACUCAGGGCACAGUGCACUGCCCUCAUCUGCUUGCCUGCUGUAUAAAACCCUGCACCUCUUCCAGCUGAGGGCCCACAUGUAUCAGGCCAGGGGGCUCAUUGCCGCUGACAGCACUGGACUUUCUGAUCCUUUUGCAAAGGUUACUUUCACAUCACGCUGCCAGACCACAAAGAUCAUUCCUCAGACACUGUCCCCCACCUGGAACCAGACACUGCUUUUCAACAACGUUGUGCUCCAUGGUGACAAAGAGGAGAUUGCCCAGUUUCCACCGGAGGUUGUCAUCGAGCUCUAUGAUGAUGAUGCAGUGAUUCCUGAGUCAGAUCCAGACAGACUUCCCCCACUGGAUCCACCAGAUAUUGGCCAGAUUUACCCAGUCCCAGCUAACAUACGGCCUGUUUUAAGCAAAUACAGAGUGGAGGUCCUGUUCUGGGGGGUUCGAGAGCUGAAGAAGGUCCAGCUCCUCUCCGUAGAUCGGCCUCAGGUUCUCAUCGAGUGUGCAGGGAAAGGAGUCAAAUCCUCUGUCAUACAGAGCUACAAGAAAAAUCCCAAUUUCACUGGCCUUGCAGACUGGUUUGAAGUGGAGCUGCCUGAAAAUGAACUCUUGCAUCCACCAUUAAGCAUCUGUGUGGUUGACUGGAGAGCCUUUGGGAGGAGUACUCUUGUUGGAACACAUACCAUCAACUGUCUUAAGCAAUUCCUAUGUAAAACCCCAUUAGGUCUUCAAGCUGCACCUAACAGAGUAUACAUUGCAGAAACUGAGGAAGCUUCCCCUGAAUCAUCCCAGCCUGCUGAGCUAUCCCAAGAAGAAGCAUUUUUAGCUGAUGACAUCUAUGCUGAGGUGGAGCAGGGUAAAUGGACAGUGGUAGAGCCAGAGCCAUCCCUCACAGCACUUCCUGCCACUGAGCCAGAGCACUCUGCCCCUGAGCCAGGGAAACAGAAGAAACAGAAGGACAUUAAAAAAUCCAUUCGACGGUCAACAAAGAGGAGAAAAAGAGCCAUUGCAGAUGAAUCAGCUGAAAAUGUUAUUGACUGGUGGUCAAAAUACUAUGCUUCUGUGCUCAAAAUGCAAAAGGCAAAAGGAAUUUUUCCCAGUGAAGGAAAACCUGAAGACAAUAAGCAGACUUCUGACCACAUAGCACUGAUCAUAGAGGAUGAGCCAGACAAAAAGAAGAAGGAUAAGACACUGAAAAGGAUACAGAAGGAAACUCCAAACCUAGCAACACUGCAGAUUUAUGAAGGAGACUUGGAGAGUGAAUUUAAUAACUUUGAGGACUGGGUGAAAACUUUCCAGCUCUUAAGAGGAAAAUCUAAUGAUGAAGUUCAUGCUGACGCUGAAGACAGAAUAAUAGGAAAAUUUAAGGGCUCCUUCUGCAUUUACCCAAGUCCUGAGGAUGGCAGCUUGCUGGAUGGAGGGCAGCCCCACAUCCUGCAAGGGAUCCCCCCAAACCACCCUGUCAAAGUGCUCAUCAGGGUUUAUAUCGUGGCAGCGUUUAACCUCAGCCCAGCUGAUCCAGAUGGAAAGUCAGAUCCCUACAUUGUGCUGAGGCUGGGCAACACAGAAAUUAAAGACAGGGAAAACUACAUCCCCAAGCAGCUAAACCCGAUAUUUGGAAGAUCAUUUGAAAUCCAAGCUACAUUCCCCAAGGAUUCCUUGCUCACAGUCUUGAUCUAUGACCAUGACUUCAUUGGGACAGAUGAUCUUAUUGGAGAGACUAAAAUUGAUUUGGAAAAUCGCUUCUACAGCAGACACCGAGCCACCUGUGGUUUACAGAGUCAAUAUGAAAUAGAAGGAUACAAUGCAUGGCGAGAUGCAACCAAGCCGAGCGAGAUCCUCACUAAGCUGUGCAAGGACUACAGAUUAAGUGGACCCUUCAUGAGGCCAGGAGAGAUACAAGUAGGAACCAAAAUCUUCAAGGGACAGACAGUCUUCACGGAAGAUGAGAAUGAGGAGCCAGUUGAAUCAUACGAACAUCUCUCCUUAAAGGUUUUACGUGCCUGGGAAGAAAUCCCUGGAGCUGGCUACAAACUGGUCCCAGAGCACAUUGAGACUCGGCCUCUCUACCAUAAGGAUAAGCCAGGCAUGGAACAGGGUCGUGUACAGAUGUGGGUUGACAUGUUUCCUAAUGAUAUGCCUCUGCCAGGACCCCCCGUGGACAUUUCACCAAGAAAACCCAAAGGAUAUGAAUUGAGGGUAAUAAUCUGGAAUACAGAGGAUGUAAUUCUAGAAGAUGAAAAUAUCUUUACGGGGCAAAAAUCAAGUGAUAUCUAUGUAAAAGGGUGGAUAAAGGGCCUGGAAGAGGACAAACAGGAGACAGAUGUCCAUUACAAUUCCUUGACAGGAGAGGGCAACUUCAACUGGCGCUUUGUGUUCCCGUUCCACUACCUCCCAGCAGAGAAACAAAUGGUGGUUACUAAAAGAGAAAACAUAUUUUCCUUAGAAAAGACAGAACGCAAAAUACCUGCUGAGCUGGUGCUUCAGGUGUGGGAUUUUGAAAGACUCUCUUCAGAUGAUUUCUUGGGCACUCUUGAGUUGGACCUGAAUGGGUUCCCUCGGGCAGCAAAGACAGCCAAGAGCUGUGACUUAGGCACAGUUGUGGCUGCAAGUGAGGAAAACAAGAUCUCCAUAUUUCAGCAGAAGCGCGUCAGAGGCUGGUGGCCUUUCAUCAAGGCUGGGGAGCUCACGGGCAAGGUGGAAGCUGAGUUUCAUUUGGUCACAGCAGAAGAAGCUGAGAAGAAUCCAGUGGGCAAAGCUCGAAAGGAGCCUGAGCCCUUGGAAAAGCCCAACCGACCAGACACCUCCUUCUCUUGGUUUGUAAACCCUUUCAAAUGUUUGUAUCACCUGAUCUGGAGGAAUUACAAGAAGUACAUCAUCAUUGGUAUAAUUCUGCUCAUUCUCGUUAUCUUCCUGGUUCUCUUUAUCUACACACUGCCAGGUGCAAUUAGUGAAAGGAUAGUUAUAGGAAAAGGGUAGAUCAUGGCUCUCAUUGUAGCCAAUCAAAUAAGGAAACUAAAAGCUAAAAAUAAGUCAGGCAAAAAGUAUUAAUUAACUUUAAACACAUCUCAUUCCUUGUAAAAAUAAAAGUAACUAUUUUCAUCAGAAAGUGGAGCUCUCAGAAUAUUGGAAUGUCUUCUUUGAAUGCUCAUUCAGACC